GAUGGCGCAGAAACUGUACGGUCCACGAGUCCGGAUCGGCAACUGGAACGAGGACGUGUACCUGGAGGAGGAGCUGAUGAAAGACUUCUUAGACAAAAGGGAGAAGGGGGCACUUCUCAUACAGAGAAACAGAAGACUAAAAACACAUCUCCUGAGACCGAUGCAGCUUUCCAUAUCUGAAGAUGGAUAUGUCCAUUAUGGUGACAAAGUGCUGCUUGUGAAUCCCGACCAUCCUGAGACAGAAGCUGAUCGGUUUCUGGAUGGGAACCUGAGCCUGUGUAUGACUCCAGAUGAAAUUAAAGCCCAUUUGAAUGAUGAAUUAGGGGUGCCCUGUGGCUUGAGUGCGACUCAAACCACGAUUCCUGUUGGCAGAAAUACUUUCAUGAUUUUGAGUGCAGACAGAGAUACCACUGGUCAAGUCCUUAGAUACGGGCAGAACUUUCGCCUUGGGAUAACAGGAGGAGUUGAAAACAAAAUGUUGUAUUUGUCGAGUGACCACAGGAGCUUUCUGAAGUCAUCUAAGAGGUCUUGGGUCCAGGAGGUGUACUUGACCGACGAGAUCUCCUACAUGAACUGCUGGCAGGCCACCUUCCUCGACCCCCAGCUGCGCCUGGAAUAUGAAGGCUUUCCUGUCCGGGCAAAUUCCAAAAUUCUCAUUAAUCACUGCUACACGAAUCGGGGACUGGCAACUCACCGGCAUCUUUUCUUAAGUACCUAUUUUGGAAAGGAAGCUGAGGUUGCAGUUCACACGUAUCUGGAUUCACACAGGGUUGAAAAACCAAAGAACCAUUGGAUGUUGGUUACUGGGAAUCCAAGGAAAGACCCUCCCACCAUGUUGGAUCUGCCCAAGCCACGGGCUGAGGACACCCAAGCCAUGGAGCAGGCCAUGGAGCAGGUCAUUGCUCCAUGCACACAGUAACAUACCAGGCACACGUGUGUUCUCUUGGGCCCUGCUCUCAUCAAAUGUAGCUUUAA